UUGGGGCUGAGAGUGCUUGAUGAACACAUCAGAACCUGCUUUACAUCUCAUUAGAGACCGAGAGUAGAGGAAACAGCAGUCAGAUCACAGAGAAGAGCAGGAGUAUGAAGUUUAUUACAGCUUUGAGUGUUGCUGGAACCAUACUUCUCAACAUAGCAGGUUCUCUCUGCCAGUUAGAUGUGUGUGGUCAAGCCCCCCUAAACACCAAGAUUGUUGGAGGGGAGGCUGCAACGGCAGGGUCUUGGCCGUGGCAAGUCAGCAUUCAAAGCUCCGCAUUUGGAGGCCAUUUCUGUGGUGGGAGUCUAAUCAACAAAGACUGGGUUUUGUCUGCUGCUCACUGCUUCCAGGACUCCCUGGGUACCAUUCGGAUCUACCUGGGACGUCAGAGCCAGUCGGGAUCAAACCCUAAUGAAGUUCUCAGGACGGCAAAGACUGUCAUCAACCAUCCUAACUAUUACGAUGCUACCCAUAACAACGACAUAGCACUGAUCCAGCUCUCUUCUUCUGUGAUGUUCACUGAUUACAUUAGGCCAGUCUGUCUGGCGGCUGCUGGUAGUAAAUUCGCUGCAGGUACAGACAGCUGGGUCACUGGAUGGGGAACACUACAGUCAGGAGGUGUGUCUCCUAACAUACUGCAGGAGGUGAUGAUACCACUUGUGAGAAGCAGUGACUGUGAUGAUGCUUAUGGAGGAGGCAUCACAAGCAAUAUGAUUUGUGCUGGAUUGUUAAAUGAGGGAGGAAAAGAUUCAUGUCAGGGAGACUCUGGAGGUCCAUUGGUUACUAGGAAUGGCUCUCUGUGGAUUCAGUCCGGCGUUGUGAGUUUUGGUACUGGAUGUGCUGACCCCAAAUAUCCCGGUGUGUACGCCAGAGUCUCUCAGUACCAGGACUGGAUCACCUCUACCAUAAGCAGCAACCCACCUGGAUUUGUCAAAUUCAACAACAAUGGAUUCAGAAUCUCUCCUAACCUCCUUUUAGUUUCAGUUUCUCUCACAUUCUCUAUCAUUCCUUUCAUAUACUCCCUAUAUCUCUCUUCGACAUUUCUCACUGAAGGAAACAGCAAACAUUACACAGACAAUAACAUGAGGAUGACGUUGUGUCAAGCUGUGUGUUUUGCAGGAGUCAUACUUCUUAGCAUAACAGGCUCACUUUGUCAGUUAGAUGUGUGCGGUCAGGCUCCUCUCAACACCAAGAUUGUUGGAGGACAAGGUGCAGUUCAGGGGUCUUGGCCCUGGCAAGCUAGCCUUCAUAGAAUUACGUCUGAAAGUCAUUUCUGUGGUGGGAGUCUAAUCAAUAAAGACUGGGUUUUGUCUGCAGCUCACUGCUUCCGGAGUACCGCCUCAUAUAAUGUAAAAAUCUACCUCGGCCGUCAUCUCCAAACGGGCUCAAACUCGAAUGAGAUCUCCAGGACAGUGACUCGGCUCAUCACCCAUCCCAGCUAUAGCUCAACUACCCAAAACAAUGACAUAGCACUGCUGCAGCUCUCCUCUUCCGUGACGUUCACUGAUUAUAUUAGGCCAGUUUGUCUGGCGGCCACUGGAAGUGUAUUUGGUGGAGGUACUAAGAGUUGGAUCACUGGAUGGGGCAAACUCAAUUCGGGAGACACCCAGAUUCCAAACAUACUGCAGGAGGUGCAGAUACCGAUCGUAAACAACAGUGUUUGUAAUAAGGCCUAUGGAGGAAUCAUUACAAGCAACAUGCUGUGCUCUGGACUAGAUGAGGGUGGAAAAGAUUCAUGCCAGGGAGAUUCUGGAGGUCCAAUGGUACAUAAGAACAAUUCUCAGUGGAUUCAGUCUGGCAUUGUGAGUUUUGGGCGAGAUUGUGGACUACCCAAGUUCCCUGGCGUUUACACCAGAGUGUCUCAAUACCAGUCUUGGAUCAGCUCCCAAAUAAGCAGUGAUCUACCGGGAUUUGUCUCGUUCACCUCGACUGAAACCAGCUCUGGCUCACCCAGUCUCCUCUUAUUUUCCCUUUCUCUCACAUCAUCCAUCAUUCCUCUGAUUAUCUCCUUAUUUGUAUUUUCUUAAUGUCUUAAUUAAUUCUCUGAUUUAUGUCAUUUUGGUUAUUUACUUUACUUUAAAAUAUUAUACACUCUUAAAAAUAAAGGUGCUUCACGAUGCCAUAGAAGAACUUUUUUGUCUAAAUGGUUCCAUAAAGAACCUUUAACAUCUGAAGAAUCUUUCUGUUUCACAGAAGGUUCUUUGUGGCAAAAGAAGGUUCUUCAGAUUAUAAAAAGGCAAGGAAGAGAUGGUUCUUUAAAGAACCUUUGACUGAAUGGUUCUUUGGGGAACCAAAAAUGGUUAUUCUAUGGCAUCGCUGUGAAGAACCUUUUAAGCCCCUUUAUUUUUAAGAGUGUAGUAUGCUUUAAAAUAUUAUAGUACUAUUAGUGUACUAAUGUUACUAGUACUAGUGUUCUGUUAGCAUGUGAGCGCACUUGUUCACACAUUUUAUUAAAAUGAAAGAAUACAAAUGCACUGCAGUCACUUUGUAUUUAAGAACAUUUUUGUAGUACAAUAACAGAGUACAGUAACCUAAUACUUUGUCUCUGGCCUUAAUUUCUGUAGUGGAAGUGCAGAACAAUCAAACUACACUCUGUAAUAAACAUGGAAGGAACGUAACUUAUGCACA